GUAUGCUUUUGGUACCCGAGGACGCUGACGUCAUCAUCACAAUACUACUCGGAGCAUCAUAUCCCUCAGCAGCCACAGUCCAGCUCGCCACCAAGCCCUGCCUCUGCAGAGACCGCCGGCCCCAAGUCCAGCGGCGAGCCCAGAAUACUCGGCAUAGGCCUCAGUGAAUUCGCCAAGUUCGCCGUGCCCUCCGCAUCGUGGAACAACAAGAGAUUCGAUUUCGAGAUGGACUCGGGUCCAUUGGACCUUCCUGAAGCCAUCAAA